AUUAGGUUUUGGAGGCAAUUGCAAAUAUGCCUCGGGACGACGAAUAUGAGAGCCGGAAGAGGAUAUAUGACUUGGAGGACGGAGAGACCUCUGAACCUUCCGAGUCCGAGAUGGAGGAGCAGCUGUGCGCACAGGCUGCCGAGGCAUUCAACCACGUCGUCCGCUCACAUCAGAUCGCUGCCAGUGUACGCAGCUUAUUUGAUUGGAGUGGACUACUUUUAUGAUUUUCGAUGGUCGUCACAUGGAUACAAAUAUUGUGCAAUUAUUGUGUAGAUGGUGGUGGCGCGUAACCGGCUCAAAGCCUCACUGUACAGGAUUGAGCAGCGGCGUAGACGACAGGCGUGCCUGGUACCGAGAGAUGACCUAUCGCUCGAAGUGCUACAGGGCAUCACAGUACAGACAUCGGAGCUGCCAAUUGAACCGGAUCUACACGUGAGAGACAAGGUUAAGUUCAACUUGAUUAAUCCCAGCAUGACGGUGAAAAAGAGUGCAGUGAUUCUGCCCAAGGUGCCCCCAAUCCCAACGGCGACGAUGUGGACGGCGCUAACUAAAAAUUACGAGGUGGAAGAUGAACCAACGCUGAAGUAUCUACCAUAUUUUGGCGAUGACGACGAAGAGGACGUCGUGUCCGAGUUCUACCAGAUCAAACAGCAGAGAACGAGCGCGUGCGAAGUGGAAUUCACCAAGGAAAUGUGUGAAGGUGUGCUGAGGACUCUCCAGUCCACAUGGGACCUCACUUCUAGCGAUCUAAAGCGCGUGGCGAGCGUCAUUCAUGUUGAAGAAGAGGUUUUAGUGGAGGUACACAAGAACCUACGUGUAUCGCAACGCGCAGCGAAGAAGAAACGACGCACAGAAGCGAUGGCUGCUAAUACGCAGACCAACUCGACGUUGCCUAACGGAGACUUGGACUUUGCCGACCAGACGAAUAUUUCGAUGGAGAAGUAUUUCGAGCUUUACGAGCAAUCGGUCGACUCCUACCGCAGUCUAUUCUGUCGACGCUGCUGUGUCUACGAUUGUGACUAUCAUGGAUGUAUCGAGCAGCCGAAGCUGAAAAUCUCGGAGCAAAAUGCUGUGGCGUUGAAUCUGAAGGAGAAGGAGACGAUGAUCAACAGAGGGCGGAACUGCGGGAACCAUUGCUUCCUCGGCCAAAUGAGUUCAUCGAGUGCCAAUGGCUUUUCCAAGGCCAGUGCUAUCUCGGCCACCUUUGGAUGGAACAAACAGGCGCGCAUUCUUUGUGCGCGUACUUAUUUUCUUUGCUCGGGCAACUUUUGUGAAAUGGCCAAGAUACUGGGCGAUAAAACUUGCAUGGAAGUUGCGGAGAUGUGUGCCUACUACGACAUCAACGAUCGCAGCUUGCCAAAAGAGGUUCGUCCUCCACCGAAGAGUCGACGCUCGCGGAAGAAGAAGAAUUCACGGAUGUCGAUUUCCCAUCUACAGAAUUCUCAAAACGGCGUGGUGAACUCUGUUCAGAUCAAAAUCGAGCCGUGUUCCCACGAGGGUCCCUGUGAACCAGGUGUUUGCUCCUGUGUCGAAGACGGUAUAUUCUGUUCGAAGCACUGCCACUGCGUCCACGAGCACUGCAAGAUUUUCUUUCCUGGAUGCCAGUGUCAACGUGGUCGUUGUCGUACUAAGGCAUGCCCCUGCUACUGCGCCGGUCGCGAGUGUGAUGUCGAUCUGUGCAAGGUGUGUUGCACAGACGAAAUUGCUGCGCGCGAGAAGGGUGAGCCGUAUGACAGCAAAUCGGACACAAUGAACAAGGACGAGAAGCAGCAAACAUCGUGCCAAAACCGCAGUAUCGCGUUAUCCAAAGAAAAGCACGUCCGAAUGGGCCGCUCAAAGCUCAGCGCUGCUGGCUGGGGACUCUUCGUAGAAGAGUUUGUUGCCAAGGAUGAAUUUAUUAUCGAGUACAUUGGCGAGAUGGUGUCACAAGAAGAGGCUGAUAGACGUGGAGCUGUCUACGACAAGGUCGACCGCAGGUACAGCAACACUUUCUUUCUUGCAUUGGGUUGUUGUACUUACCUUGUGUUUAUUACUUAAUUUUCGCUUAGUUAUCUAUUCAAUCUGGAUACCAAAACUGUCAUCGACUCUACGCGGAAGGGCAACAAGACCAGAUUUAUUAACCACUCCAAGAAUCCGAACUGCGCGUGCAAGAUUAUGAACGUCAGCAGUGAUUUCCGCAUCGGGUUAUAUGCAAUUCACGACAUUCAGCCACAUACAGAGCUUUUCUUUGACUACGGCUACGAUAAGGAGCUGUAUCACGCAGAGCUGCUGAAGCAGCCAACAGUCACAGAGUGGAUGAAAAAAUAGGGUCCAGUGUCGUCUACGUGUCGUGCACUACGUGUGGAGCGUGCAGUCGAAUAUCUGGAUGCUCCCUUUUCGUUCAUAGACAAUCGCAAUCUUCUGCAAAAUCCAUUAACAAGCGUUAGCCACAAGUUUAAGUCCAAUACUCGGGUCAGGAAAUCGCUGGAAGUUUGUGUAAUGAUAAUGGAGAAUGAGCGAUUCCGAUUGUCAAAUUCCAUGACUACCGUU